GCGGAGCUUGGACCGUGCUCUGCGGCUGGCCUCGGCCCUGCCUCUGCGAGGGAGCCGCGGCGGGGCGGCGGCUCCGGCCGGGGGGGAGGAGGCCGGGGCGUCCCCGGUUGGCGGCCCGGGAAGCGGGGAGAGCAGCGGCGGGGCGGUGUGGAGCUGGGUUACCCGCCGCCGUGCCUGGAGACCUUAAUUCUCCGUGAUCCGUGAGGAGCCUGAGCUCAGCAGGGCUCCUGCUGCGUUCGUAAACCCCCGCCCUCGGCCUGAGGGGAGGUCACCGCGCCGGGUCGCCGUCAGCGGGCUCCCUCCCCUCAGCGAGAGCCGCGGGGGACGUCCGCGGGGAAGGUAAUGCCCUGCCCGGGGCUGCGUUCGCUCGGAGCCGGCUUGUGCUGAAGUGUCGGGUGGAACAAACUCCAGAUCUCCGAUCUCCGCAGGCAGGGCUUGAUGUGCCUUAACACCGGGGUUGUUCCCUCUUCGGGCACCCGGUUGGGGCGAGUGGUGCACUGGGGUUGCCCGGGAGCCGUCGCUUGGAAGGAAAGAGGGUUUUCCAAUGUAAAGAGGUUAAACGGCUUGUUAAAGUUGGGUAAAACUGUUUUUAGAUAGCCUGUAGAAUGUGUUUCUGCCAUGUAAUGUUUGGGUAAGUGCUCAAGAGAACUCUUGAAGAGCUGUGGAGCUUCAGAUGUGUCAGUAAAAUAAAGGGAGUUUUGGGUGGUGUUCGUAGUCUGAAAGUGAAUUCAGAUGGGGGUGGCUUUCUUCUGAAAAUAGUGCAUCAGUAGAACAGCUGAAUUUUGUCACCUGAAUAACACUAAAAGUGAUAAUGAGUUCAUACUGCUUCAGUUAAAAUUAAUGCAAGCAUUAAGGUGUUCAGCUGAAUGCUGGUAUUUUUAGGUCUAACAUUAAAAAUGUGAUAAAUCCCUUGACUCGGUUUUGAGGGAAAAAUUAAGACUUAAAGUCCUGUUCAUCAGCAAAAAUGCCACCCAUUAAAAGAUCACUGUGCCCUAAUGAAGUAAAAACUUACUCUUGGAGCUUGUACUAGAUGUUCUGAAACUGAAGAUUAAAAUGCAGUUUUGAUCUGUGUUUUGAAACAUACUCAGCAAGUGACUCCGAGGCUGCAUCAGCAGUUCAGCAGCUUUCCAGCGCUGCCUUUCUGGAGUACAGGAUCUGCUGCGCUUGUUCUCCGCAGGGACUCUGCAUCCCUUAACGUGGUGACCUUGAUGCUAUCACUGAACUGCGAUUUCUUAAAAGACACUGUGGUUAAUGUGACAAGUAUUUCAGCUCUCAAAGGCACAUCCAUAAACGUUAAUUUCCAAGUGUUAGAAAGUUAAAGCUUAGUCAUCACGAUGCCUGCUUUAUCCCGGUGGAUUUCUGAGCUUAGUUCUCUGAAAGGGUUUUUAUUUCUCAGGAACUUGAUUUCUGCUGCAUUUGUUUUGGAUUUUUUUUCCCCUGUUUCUCCUAGAAACCUGGUUUUAUGGUGUUUUAUUAAGUCCUGCUGGGUCCUGGUGCUGAGAACUGAAAGGGGAAUCUACAAAUCGGAGGAAGCAGUUAUUUCUUUGUGGCUUGAAUCCGUGAUAUGUUGGAUCUUAGUAAUAAACCCCCUUUUUUGCAACAGCCACUGUAGCAUGGGAAGUAGUGAACAGCUGCUGGAUUAACUGAGCCGCUGCUGACCGCUUCUCUCAAUUCCCUGCUGAGACCUCAUGUCAUGGGAGAGAUUUUAACAUCUUAAUUUUAGCAGAAGUUUAUGCUUCUUUUACCGGGCUAAGCUGCAGAAACAGUUAUUAAAUUUGAUUUCUUUCUGGAUCCCUGUUGGGUUUUGUGGGUUUGAGUAGUAAAACAUGCAGCUGUGCAAAAUACCUGAUCAUGGGAAGUUAAGGUCAAAGAGUUUAUAGAGGAAACAGCUGUAUGAGGUAGUGCACCAAUAUUUGAUACUGUGCUCUACACAAACAGAUUCAAUAAACCUCACCAGUUAUCACAGCGUUUCACUUCAGUGACUGUGUUAUUGCUGUUUAUCUUUGAUAAUAAUUUGGGUAACUCUACCUGAGACUAACAAUUCACUGUUAUUUACAUAACAAGUUUGAAUUUGAUUGCAUCUCUGAUAAUUAGAUAUUCUUUUAUUAUAAACAUUUCUGCUUAUGUGAGCUUAGUUCAAGCCGCUUCACAUGGUUCUUCUGACCUUGCACACCUUGAAGGCUGUGUACACCUGAUUAUUUUGUUAUUUCACAACUUUCAGUAACUUUUUGUUAAUGGAGUAUCUGAAUUUGAUACAUUCCUUACUAUAAAAGGAUAUUAAUGUCUUUUUCUAAAGUUCUGAGAUGUUAUUUUAAUAUUAGCAAUUGUUUUGCUUGCAGCCACACUGAGAAGUGUUGGAAAGAAUACUGAAACCCUCACUUUAGGCCAGGUGGAAGGGUAUACUCUUUAUUUUUUAGCCCAGUGAUAGGCGUGUAACGUUUAUUAUGAAGAAGACUUCAGUUAUUUGGUGUGGUUUUAUAAAAGCAAACUUAGCGAAAUUCUUGGAAGCAAAGCUUUCAAUGAUCCCUUAUGGUGGAAGAUACUGAGGCACAAACAACUUAGCUGUAAUGUAGGGUUAAAAGAAAGCAGUGUGGAGGGAGGUGGGAGACUUUGAGUCUAAGCCCCCUUGAUGUGGUAGUUGGUGUUACACUUGCCGGGUUGCACAGGCUGUCAUCUGCGUUCUGGGAGCUCAUCCCCAGGGAGGAGGCUGCGGGCUGGGUGGUUUGUUGUCCAUUGAGUGCAGCUCCUGCCUUGCUCCUUGCCAGGUGACUGCAUUCCUGGGGCUCUACUGGGUGGUGACACUGUACUGGGUGGUGACACGGCUGCUGCACGUUGGGUGGUAGGAAGCUGUGCCAUGUGGCCUCUGUGUCUUCAUCAUCUGUCAUGUAGUUCCCUUGGCCAGUGUUAUUUGCCAAACUUCGCUACUAAUGAUAAUGGAAAUGUUGAGUAAGUUACUGUUUACAUUGUAGUGUUGGCCAGUACAAUGUAAAUGCAGCUGCAACACUUGUUUCCCAUCAGUUAUGUACUUCAUCUACACAUUUCUGUCAGUGCCACAGUAUUUGCAAUGUGGGAGAAGGUACCUUGUGUUAAGAUGAUGUCCUCGAGCUCGUUUACUAAAGCAAAAAAAUGUAUACAUUGGUUGCAGUGUAUUUUCCUUUCACUUUUGCAUGGGAUAUGAUACCAGGAUUAUUUAUUUCAAAACUAAUACAGGUUUUUGUUUAUCUGGACAGGAGGGGAAAGCAGACAGAUGCUUGUGAAUGCCCCAUGGCUGCAGCUGCCUCUGUGCAUUCAUUUAUUGCCUGUUGUAACUUGGAAGCAUUCUUCAGGUCAGUUCAUCUGGGACCAGUCCCUGCCUUCUGGUUAAGGAAUCCAUGCACAUAUUCAGGAUGACUCAACACUGGGGUGGAUGUUUGCAUACCAGGAGAGUGCUGGUAACUUGACAGGAACUUCCAGAUUUUUUUGGAGAGCCCUAUUGCACCUGAGACCUUUCAGGAAACUGCUGUUUGAAUACAUCGGAUCGUUCCAGUACCUGAAGCUUUCAUGAUGAAGAGAGCUGAGCAGAAGGGUGUCGUUGAAAAUGAAGCUCCUCAAACAUCACAGAAAAGCAAGAAGCAGAAAACUUGUUCCUAUGGCUCAGUGUUUGGUGAAUGUGACUUGCACUCCUCAGUGGACUGGGGAAACCUUCCCCACCACGUUAUUCUGCGUGUUUUCCAGUUUCUGCCUUUAGUUGAUCGAGCCAGGGCAUCUUCUGUUUGUCGGAAGUGGAAUGAAGUUUUCCACAUCCCAGAUCUCUGGAGGAGAUUUGAAUUUGAACUUAGCCAGCCAGCUACUUCUUACUUAAAGUCCACACACCCUGAUCUCAUUCAGCAGAUUAUUAAGAGGCAUGCUGAUCAUCUGCAGUACGUCAGCUUCAAGGUUGAUAGUAGUACUGAGUCAGCAGAAGCAGCCUGUAACAUCCUUUCUCAGCUGGUGAACUGUUCUAUCAAGACACUGGGUUUGAUUUCUACAGCAAAACCAAGCUUCAUGAAUGUCUCUAAGGCUCAUUUUGCUUCAGCACUGACAGUGGUAUUUGUGAACUCCAAGUCAUUAUCCUCAAUCAAGAUAGAUGACACACCACUUGAUGAUCCUUCCUUGAAGGUUCUUGUUGCUAACAAUAGUGAUACUCUAAAACUGCUAAAGAUGAGCAGCUGUCCUCAUGUAUCACCUGCUGGAAUUCUCUGUGUUGCUGACCAGUGUCAUGGACUUAAGGAGCUGGCUUUGAACUACUACAUAUUAAGUGAUGAACUGCUGCUGGCUCUGUCAAGUGAAAAACAUGUUGACCUUGAACACCUUCGCAUAGACGUUGUGAGUGAAAAUCCUGGACAAGUUGAAUUUCACACUAUUAAAAAGCAAAGCUGGGAUGCUCUUGUUAAACACUCCCCUAAAGUCAACAUUGUGAUGUAUUUCUUCUUAUAUGAAGAGGAAUUUGAUGCUUUCUUCAGAGAGGAAACCCCUGUUACACACCUUUACUUUGGUCGUACAGUAAGCAAAGCGAUGUUAGGUCGCAUUGGCAUGAAUUGCCCAAGGCUGAUUGAGUUGGUUGUGUGUGCUAAUGGACUCCAGCCUUUGGAUGAUGAACUUAUCCGGAUUGCUGAGCGCUGUAAGAACUUGACAGCAAUGGGACUUGGUGAAUGUGAAGUGACUUGCAGAGGUUUCAUUGAAUUUGUGAAGAUGUGUGGGGGCAGGCUUACCCAGCUCUCUAUAAUGGAGGAGGUACUGAUUCCAGAUAAUGAUUAUAGCUUAGAUCGACUCCAUUUGGAAGUCUCCAAACACCUGGGAAGACUCUGGUUUCCUGAUAUGAUGCCAACAUGGUGAAUUCUUUGCAUUUGUGGGCAAAAUGCUAGAAUCAGGGUGUUGCUUUCUAUGCAAAUAAAGAAUUUAAAAAUGAGAUGUACAAACUUAUUUCUAGGUUUGAGUUUUUCUACCUUGAGAACCUCUAGUAGUGUCACAGCAAAACAUUCUCGAGUGUUAAUGGUAUAUGGAAAUAGAAUCAGUGUACUUAACACUUCUGAAAGUAUAUCUGUGGUUUACAGGUGCUUCAAACUUCAGUGAAUUGGGCUUCUGUGAGCUUCAGUUUAAAUGUUCUGUUCACAGGAAAGGUUGGGGGUUUUUUUUCAUGUCUUUGUUUAGCCUUUCUGAUGUAGGCACAAGAGGACUAGAAACAUGUUUUUUUCUUUAGUAAACCCAUUUAUGGGAAGCUGGAUACAACUUGGAGUUCAGUAUUAUUUAUCAUGAUGUUUUAUGCAGCUAUUUUUCUAACUAUUCAUGUUUAUAAAUGUAAAAGCUUGUACAUUAAAAUACCUACACUAGCCCAGAUUACUCAAAUAUAAUCUAGUUUCAACUCAUGGCAGUGUAUUAAGAUGUUGUGGUAAAUAAGCUUAUGCUUACAAAAAACCUUUCCAGUUUUAAAUGGCACUUUAAUUUUGUCAGACUAGCUAAACUGUAGAGACAGUGUUGUUCACUGUGGUGUUUUACCGUCUUACGCAUUGAAUGGAUGGGAAAGAGACCUUGUUGAAAUGAAUGAAUUUAAAAGUUUGGCUCUAGAUUGGUUGUCUGGGUGAAUGUCAAAGCACUUUGGACACUGCCAGAGUGUAAGUAAUAGCCUCUGGAUUUGGGAGAGUUCAAAUCUUCUGUUACAGAGAUUGAUGUCUGUAUGCUGUGCCAUGCUUUCAUUAUUAAGAGAUAAGAAGGAUCUCAAAAAUGUGGCUAGUUAGGAAGAAGGAUCAAAUGGAAUGCAAUCGUCUUUGAUUACUUUCUGUCUGGAAUUAAGGAUUUAGAGCAUUUAAAAGAUACAUUAUUUGCCAGUUAGAGGCUACAGUGGCCUGUAGGAAUCUAGCCUGUAGCUCACAGAGCUGUGCUGUAAGCCCUGAUUUGUAGAGUAAGGGUUGCUGGAGGUGAUCCAGGGAUUUUUAAUUCAGGACUAUUUACUACUUAUUGCUAUUAAGUGUUUUUUGGGGAAGAUUUUAUUUAAUUUCUCUGUUUUCUUUAAAGGGGAAAGGAAUGGUGAGUUGAUGUGAAUUGAGAGUAUGUAUUUUUGCGUUGACAUUUUGCACACUGUAGACUGAAAUGCAUUGUAUAUAAUUUUUGCUGUAAUUAUUUUCAUGCUGUAACUGUUCAAUCUUCCUAUUUAUAAUGAGAAGUCUGCAUUUGAUUUGCUUGUGGUAUUUGUCACUGUCCUGGUUUAACCCUGAUUGGCAACCAAGCCCCAUGCAGCCUCUUGCUCACUGGUGGGACGGGGCACAGAAGCAGAAGAGUGAAAAUGGGAAAACUUGUGGGUUGAGAUAAAGAUAGUUACACAGGUAAAGCAAACCAAGGAAUUCAUUCACCACUGCCAAGAGGCAGGCAGGUGUUCAUCCUCUCCAGGAGAGCAGGGUUCCAUCAUGUGUCACACUGACUUGGGAAGACAAAUGCCCAAUGUUCCCCCCUUCCUUGUUCUUCCCCAGCUUUAUAUGCUGAGCAUGAUGUCCUAUGAUAUGGGAUAUCCCUGGGGUCAGCUGUUCCAGCUGUGUACCCCCCCAGCCUCCUUGCUGGUGAAAUGAGGAGCAGAAGAAGCCUUUACUCUGUGUAAGUGCUGUUCAGUGAUAAAAACAUCCCUAGGUUAUCAAAUCCGCAGUUUCCAGCACAAAUCUAAACCAUUGUCCCAUACAAACUCCUGUGAAGGAAAUUAACUCCAUCCUAGCCAAGCCCAGCACAUUCAUAUCAGAUAAAAUACUGGUUUCCUUUCAAGCUUUAUACUUCUAUACUGCAAAAAUAACAGCUGAAGGGUUAAGCCACCAGUGUCCCGGGCAGACUUGUUCCCAGUUGCAAGCUGAAGGCUUUCGGAUGACACAUAAUGCCUGUUUGAGUCAGUAAUGUGUUACUGCCUGUUACACAGUGGAGAAGCAUUUGACUCGGGUUACUGGCACCUGUUAACCCAAGCUCUUGCUUCCAUAAUCUAGAGGAUUGAAAGACUUGAAAUGCUUCUAAACAGUGUUUGGUUUAAGAUGUGUGGUUUGCUUUAAGUGUAAACAUAAUAAAGUGAUCUAAUACAUGCACUGACA